UAAAUAAUUGAAUGUUUUUCAAGCUCUGUUUCUAGAUGAAAUUAUCUAACAACAAUGUACUAGAAUCUGAAAUUAUGAGACUUAUGCUUGAAUAUUUAGUUAAUCAACAGGUACAAGUGCCUAGAUCAUGUAAAUCCUGCUGUAUUUUUGGCUGAUCUUAUAUCCAUCGACUACAGUUCUGCUGAUAGUGUCUACUCUUCUCAGAAAAGAAAUGAUGCUCUUGUUGAAGCAUUCUCAACACAGUCAUCAACAGUUCUUUAUGCUACUUCACUUAGCUGAAAGGCCUAUCAACAUAUUUUUUCCUCGGUUAUUUAAGUUUUAUCAGUCUCCCCAUGCCUCUCUGAGAAAGCUAUCAUUGGGUUCUGUAAACCAAUAUAUUUUUUUGAUGCCUUCUGCCUUAUAUACAUGCAUGGAUAAUUACCUUCAUGGUUUGUUUGCCCUUGCUAAUGACCCUGCAGCAGAAGUGCGGAAAUUGGUGAAUAGUUUCUGCUUCUCUUUUAUUCUUAUUAGGCUACAGAUUGAUGAUCGAUUUCAGAAGUUGAAAUAUCUCUUGGAAGGGUUGAACAAAGCAAAAAGUUCAGAGAUCACAGUUAAGUUUUCAAAGGGCAUAUUGGGGCACUCUCCUGACAAUAGAACAAGCGGGGAGUCGGAUGAGAUUGCAAGGGGAUAUUCAGUUGAGUUGAGUAAUAUUGCUUGCAAGCUAAGAUGUCUGCGUUUUGAUAGAGAUGAUUUCCGAGAUUGA